AUGAACCCUACAACAACUCUACAACUUACGCUUCUCUUAAAUUUGGCAUCCAUCAGCGUUCAAGAAGGGGCUGUUGAUACCUUUCUCCCACGUGAUACCCUAGAUAUCCCUUGCUUUCCAACCAACGAACAGGCCGCGGUACACGGUACAUCGGCUGCAUGA